AUCAGGGACCUGAGCUCUGGAUCCCACUUAGCUCUCAUCACUACCAGCACUGCCUUCUCCAUACACAUGUACACACACACACACAGGGUUUAUUAAGCCCCAACAGCAAAUUGAUUUUGUGUCUGGGAAGAAAACUCUCAAAUACAAGCCUAUAAAUAGAUGAUGCGCUGCUUUUCUGGCUCAGUAAAUAGGCUGAAAAAGCACUCUGAUGAGGCACAAAUUUGCAGUGCCCCCCUUUAUUUCACCAUUCAGCAUGAAGUUGGAAUGUUCAUUACUGUGAUGGGAGCUGCCCAUGAAGGAAGUGAAGGCAACUUUCUGAAUUUCUCUAGCUUUCAGGAAAUAAAUCUGUAUGGAAAGGAAACAGAUCCUAAUAAUCUCCCUCUCAAGAGAAACAUCAGAUGACUUGAUCAUGAAAAGUGUUGGGAACCAGCUGAAGCCACAAAGGGACCAGAACAAAGCAGGAUGUGCCAAAGCAGAGAGCCACAUGAGAUAUAUCCCACAGGGGCUGCCACUCCAAGGUGUUCCUAACUUAGAAGGAAUUACUAAUCUUUGAUGUAGCACUGACUUUGAUAGAGAAAAAAUGGAUGUCAUCAUUGAAUAAUCCCGUGAGUGAUGUGAAAUUCAUCUGUAUUAUGCAAACCAAAAGAAGCAUUUCCCCUUAUACAAAAGUUAUAAAGUCUUUGUCAUAGGGUUCACCUCUUUACUGCAUUUACUACAAAUGUCGGAUUUGCUGUUAGGAUUUCCACAUUUCUACUCUUGAAAGAUUUGUCAGAAAUUAACUGUUGGAAAAUCACAAGUAGUCAACUCCCUCUCAGCAAUACUAAGGGGGCUGAGUUUCCCAGUCUGAGAGGAAAAGUCAGGACAUGCCCAAAUUUCCCAUUUACUUCUAGGUAGGCUUCUUUGAGCUAAUAACAGCAUGUGAAAUACCAGGUCCAAACAUGAACAUGCUUUGAAUAUUUGCAUCAGUCACACAGAGAAAUUCACAGAGAAAUUUGUGAGACCAGUUUCAGCUUCAGUGAGGACGGAUACACCACAAAAAAAAAAAGAAUGAUCACAAAGCUGCAUGCAUCCCAAUCAUCUCACAUUUUUGGAGCAGGAGAGAUGAUGCUCGAAACACAAACACAUCCCUACCCCUUGCACUGCCUGGCUCGUCACUUCAAAAAAGGCCAAGAUAAGCAGAUGAGGAGUUUGGCAAGGCACCAAGGAACUGAUUUUUUUUUUUUUUUUUUUUUUUUUGAGAUAUUUAAACACCAAGACAUCAUCAAGCUGCCAGAAGGAUUUUCAAAAGCAGUUAGGAACCCAGGCUGUGACAGAGCAUUGGUCCUUCUGACAAUCCCCUAUGGUAUCAGAUCCUUUGAUGUACCAACACCUCUGGUUCCUUCUGCUCUUCCCAAGAGAGACCUCUUUGACUGCAGCAGGGUUGGCCUUUGCCAUGGAAAGCUGUGAAAUCUCUUUCAGUUAUCUAAUUUACCAACUUACUUCCUCGGAAAGGGAAAAGAUUAUCCCCCUCUUCCUGCCUAAUGAAAAUGUCACUGCCCUGUGGACUAUCUUAAUUGGAACUGUAAGAGAAGGCCUGGCUGUGGCCACACGGCUCUUUGCUGUACAGAGAACUGUUUACUUUGAUCUGAUCGAGGUUUACUUGCCUCAGACAUCCCCAUGCUGCCUCUCUGAUCUGACGGUGCAAAUCAGCAGUUUCUUUUUUGGGUAGAAGUCCCUCUCAGACUGGCGAAUGACGCAGAGGCUGCAGAGUCCAUCCCGGUCCCACUAGGCGCCGAUGGACCAAAUGCUGACCUCUCUAUUUACACGUCUGUGCUUGCAAUCGUGAUGCCCGUGUGGGAUCACAGGGCUGCUGCUUGCAAACAUUCUUUACUCAGAAACGCGAUACCCAUUUAUUGCACAAAGAACUGCAAAGGAAUUGCACAAAUUCUUCUCUUCUUUAGCGGAGAAAAUGUUCCCUUGAUGUGAUAAAUACCAAACGUGAUUCCUGCUUUGGCUGCAAAUAGCAGAUUACUUAAUCAUCUACUAUUUAAGUACCUGUUUGUUUUGUUAUGAAGCAAAACUUUUGAGCAAGAUCGUGUUACACGUCAAGUGGCUUCCUGCAUCCUUCAAUAUUAAUCCUCACGUAAAUAUAGACCGAAGGGAGUCCCAGGGUCACCCGAACCAGCCUGAGCCCCGCACGGAGGACGGCGAGGAACGGAACGGGGCAGGCAGGGCGAAGCCCACAGGGGGCCGUGCUCGAAACGGCGGCGGGACGGCAACGAGCGGGAUCAGCGCUCCCCGCAGCCGGGGCGGCAGCGCGGCGCGCACCGCGGGGAGGCCCGCCCGCCCCUCUCCGCCUCCCGGGGGCAGGGCCCGGGCCCCCCCUCCGCUGACGUCACGGCUGUCUAAAAAAACAGCCCGGCAGGCGGGCGGGGAGCGACAGGGCCGGCGGCACGGCACGGCUCGGCACGGCUCGGCAGGACUCGCCCCGCCGCCGAUAUGGUGUCCCCCGUCACCGUGGUGAAGAGUGAAGGCCCCAAACUUGUGCCCUUCUUUAAAGCAACUUGUGUCUAUUUUGUCCUCUGGCUGCCAACUUCCAGCCCUUCCUGGUUCAGUGCCCUCAUCAAAUGUUUGCCCAUCUUCUGCCUGUGGGUUUUCCUUCUGGCUCAUGGAAUUAAUUUUUUAGUGGCACAUCGGAGCGCCAGCCGCAUCCUAGCAGGACUGAUAUUCUCAGCAGUGGGAGAUGCCUUCCUCAUCUGGCAGGAGCAGGGCUACUUCAUUCAUGGUCUGCUGAUGUUCGCCAUCACACACAUCCUGUACUCCUCAGCCUUUGGCAUGAAGCCUUUGGACCUGAAAGCCGGCUUGAUGAUGGGCCUCAUUUCCAGCUCCUGUUAUGCCUUCCUGUACUCCUACCUCUCGGGCCCAUUCACCUACCUGGUAGCUGUCUACAUCGCCUUGAUUGGCUUCAUGGGCUGGCGAGCAGUCGCUGGCAUGCAGCUGUGCAAUGACCUCUGGACGUGGACCAAGCUCUCGGCCUGCAUUGGAGCAAUGCUUUUCAUGGUGUCAGAUCUGACCAUCGCAGUUAACAAGUUCUGCUUUCCCGUACCCUACUCGCGUGUUAUCAUCAUGGCUACUUACUAUGCAGCUCAAAUGCUUAUUGCACUGUCAGCUGUAGAGAGCAGAGACGAAGAGGACUUCAAAAAGAGGAGCUAGGUGGAGUGCCGACAGUCUGUGAACAGUAUGGGUUAUAUCUCAGGUGCUGUAGCUGCAUUCACCCCUGAGAGAGAUCUCCAUUUCUCUAGGCAUAUUGGUGAUGUUGAUUUUGCUUCUUUGAAGCAUUACCCUUAGGGCUUUAUUUUCAAUGGCUUUCUCUGAAUAUAGCUUACUUCAGCGUGGAGUCCAUGUCAGAAAGCUUAAGAUUGUCCCUGCAGUAGCUGCUCAUCCAAUUUUUCCACCUUGGAAGUGCUGUACUACUGCACUUUAUUUGUUAGUCUUGAAACUGAUGCUGAAUGUCUGGGAAUAGGAGGUGCAAUGGACAGGUUUGGCCACACACUGUGCUAGGAGACUUGCUUUCAAUUGUAGGCAGACAGGCACAGACUCUGCUAAAGCCAUAGGUAAAAAUGAGUUUAACCAGUGUUUAAGUUAGCCUGUUCUUGUGCAUUACAAAUUCAAUACACAAACUGGAGCUAUUUGAGCCUCUGCUGAAAGGAAGCCUGUAGCUAUAGUAAAAACAUCACAUUCAGAUGAGAGCUGAGCUUUGGACUCAACAGCAGCAUGUUGGGCAGCCCCUAGCAGAACCUGAAUGAGAGCCAAACACCGAGCAGAGAGCCCAGCAUGAGGUACACAGAGAUGAAGUGCUUGUGUGCCUCGAUAGCUGCUGAUCAAAGCUCUAGAGCAGGUCUAUGGACAGCUGCCAGCAUUGCCACGUGCAGCAGAAAUUGUAGCUUGGUGGGCUUUUAGGGUCAUCCAGGUAGACAAACCAGUGCAUUCUCCUCUGCUACAUUUGUACAAUCACACAGUGUCAGCAGCCAUCAGUGACAGCAUGGGCACACGAGGAUCUUUGGUUUCUGUAGCAGAAGUUGGAGGGUGUAUGUUACUAACGUGUGUCCUAUUUGUCUGUGGAACAGCAGAUAGGAAUCUAACAUUUACAGCUUUCUUUCUCAGUAUUCUAACAAAUAACAUUCCAUAUACUCAUGAAACUUUCCUGUCCUGCUGCUUGCAGCGCCUUUUCUGAAUGUGUGAGCAUUUCCCAUGUCUGAACUGGUUAGUCGGGGCCCUGAUUUUGACUGUAGAUCGUUGUCAUGUUUUGCCAGCUGGUGGCAGACGUUCAGCUUUGCAGCACUUGUGUUUGGAGACCCCUUUUUUAGCAGUGCAUCCUGAGAAGCACAGUUCUCUGUGUUCAAAGUGCCUGUUGCUUCCUUCUUGAACUCACAGCAGGAAUGCGGGAAAGCCUGUUUAAUUCUGACCCAAAUUCUUUACUUGGUUUUUCUGCCCAUCUGCUGAAGCAAGAUUACUUCUGACUUCACUCUCUUAAAAAGAUGAGAAAGACAUUGCCCUGUUUUGUUUUGUUUUUUUCUAAAUACGACUGAUUUUAUUUUCUCCUCUUAUUUAGGACAUCCGACAGCAAGCUACAUUUCCAUUUGAAUCUCUCUCCAACCUGCUCUUUCCCUCUGACCAUCCUAAGGUUGUUACUAUGGGUGGAGAUGCUCUCCUAGUUGUUUUAAAGACACAACAAGCUCAUUCAGCUGCAAAGAAAGUUUCUAAGGGUUCCUGCACAUCUUCAACCUGUGGCCAAAAAGGGAUAACCCAAAUCCAUGCAGGUCCUAAUAAACCCUUGCAUACUUUUGUAUGGCAGAGUGAACAGGAGGGGCAGCUUCCAGAUUGUCCUCAUGGGUUGCAAACCACCACUGUCGCCAUACCUCGCAUGCUCAGAACAUUCCAGGCAAAAGCCUGUCACUGAGUCCCUGGCACCAUCAACAGAGCAGGAAUUCCUCUUUCCAAGGAGGGCAGCUGGGGUCAGGGGCAGCUGAGGAAACAUCCUUAGCUUUUCUGUUGGUGCUGAGAGGUGUUAAGUGGCUCUCCUGUUCCUCUCCAGCCUUCUGUGUUGGGACUGGGUGUAGAACAGGCAUUGCCUCCCCACAGUUGGUACAUCUGCGCCAAUGCAACCAGUAUUACAAAAAUCUAGGUUAACCAUCCUGACCCCAUGGAAUCAUCUACUGCUUUUCAGAGAGAUCAGAAAGGUCAGCUGCGUUGUUGAGAGGGAAAGAAUUCUAAAUAGCACAGUCCGGUUUAAUCUCUUCCCUUUAAUGCUGUUGUGUAAUACUGUCAGUAUUCAUUCACCAGUGUGCUGGGGUCUGCCUGGAGUAAACUGCUAAGGGAAUUUAGAACCAUAAAACAUCUUCAUUCAUCAGCAUUGCUUAUCUCCUGGCCGCAGCUUGAACCCUGCAGUGUAGCUCUUUGCAGAUAUCAGCUGCUGUUACUAAGCUUAACUGCUUGCAAAUCGCUUUCUGCAAAAGACUGCCAAGAGGAAAUGUAAGCAUUUGGGGUGAACCCCACCAUUCUUCCAGCACAUCAGAGCAUGUUUCAGUCUGGGUCAGUUCAGUACACUCAAUCCUUAUUCUGGCAGUUCUUCAGAGAAACUCCCUGCACCCUGAGCUUCCCAGAUGACCUCAAGCAGUCUCUUCCAAUCUCAGCCAUUCUGUGAUUCUUUGAUUUAAAAGUUAGAAUUUCAAUCCGAACCAUUAUCUCUUUCUUUCUCUUUAAAAAUGAGCAAUCUUCAGUUUACUGAAGACAGCUGGUUUGCAUUUCUGCAUGCUUCUUCUUCUUGGCUUUGUUUGCCAUCCCGCUCCACUUUCAGGCACUGCACACUUGCAAAAAAGGACCUUUUAAGUGUAAGUUGGAGGCAUGCUCUCUCUUCUUCUCUGGCUGUCAGAAGUGCAGUUUCUGGAUACAGAGGUGUGUGGAUGGCUUUAAUUAGGAUGGCAGAAACACGUGUCACCCAAGUGGGCUGUUGUCCCCUUACUGUCAGUGGCUGGCUGGGAUGCAGCCUUUGAAGCAUCAGCAUUGGCUUGCCCAGGAACAUGAGGUAGAGCCCUCAGCUUACAAAGCACAGAAGAGUCCUGCCUGACUAAGAGCCAGCAAAGGCUCUUAAUCUCCAAAAUCUCUCUCCUGCUUUGCAUUCUCUACUUUUCAUCCUUAUUACUUGAACGAGACCAUUUUCCUGGAAGGUGUCCUUCCUGCUAGGAAGGGCCCAUCUGAGGCCAAAUGAGGACACUCAUUUGACACAGUUUUCAGAGUUUCUGAAACCCUGAGAAACACUAAACAGUUGCUUGCAUUCUGCUGAAUACCUUUUCUUGGGAUUAAAACUCUUCUCUUAACCCAAGCAAAGGCGGUCUUCAUUAUGAAAGGGAACAAACAGAAAGUGGGAAGCACAUGAUUGUCUGUGACACUGCCUGUCAUUUGUGCGUCUCUGCACUGUAAAACUGCAUUGAGCCAUUCUUCUUAUCAGGAGUGCAGUGUUUAAGAAACACCCACUCUUCACCCCAGGGACACUACACAGGGAGUGAAGCACCCCAAUGGUGCAGCAUGCCUGGUGGCCCCAAUAGUAUCAGUUCCAGGGCUUAAGUUCUGAGGUGUUUCUUUACACAAUGCUGUUCUCAAAGUUCCUCUGCGGUUCCCAUCUAAAGCUGCUUGAGGCUAUGCACAUGGUACAAUUACUCUUGUUCUCUUGUAUUAGAUCAUAGUUAUCUUUAGGUCUUUAAUUGGAUAUAUGGAAAAUACAUUUCAGCUGAACUUCUCUUCCUGGUGGUAGAUCCUCCUUUGUCCUUGCUCACACAGAACACCCACUGAAGCUGAAGAAGCAUUCCUAUUGCAAUGGGGUUUUAAAUGCUAAUAACGUAUUGGGCUGUGAAAGUUACACUGACGUCAACAGGGUGAAGCUAAUUUAGAAAUGGCAGGUUGAGGAGAACAAAGCCAGAGGAUAUAAACAGCUUUACUCCUCUGCUGCCUACAUACUCAUGCUUAAUACUUGGCUUCUUACUCCUUCACACUGAGGCAACUGUAAGACUGAUUGUUUUAAGAAUUACUCUAGCUUUUAAAUAGAUUGCUGAAACUUUCAUACUGUAAUCAUGCAGAGAAUAGAUUUAUUUCUAUAUACAUAUUUAGAACUCCCGAGACAAACUUUGCAGAUUCUACUUAGUGGUUCUUCCAAGUUUUUUUGUGCCACAGUUUGACGCUGACACCUGUAAGUUUUCAUCUUACUGCCAUGCUAGUGCUGGGAGCUGGUCUGGAAGAAGCAGAUCAACACAAACAGCAAGUGCAAAGCUUAGUGGCAGGUGCCUUGUUCUCACUGCUUGGGUUCUGUAUACAAAUGGAUUUUUUACUCAACAGUAGCAUAAUCAUGUUCCUCCCAAGUCCUUCUCCUGCCUUUUAUCCAUGCUUGCUGCUGUUGUGGCCUUGGUUAAGUCACAGUUUUUUUUGCAGACAGAUCCUCAUCUGAUGUAAGUAGGCAUGAGUGUAGGAAGGCCAGCGCUCUGCCAGGUUGUAACAGCCAGGACCAGGACCUGUGUGUCUGUUCUCAUCCCAUUUUGAAAAUUGUGGUAUUAGCACUUACCUACCUCACAAAGAUGCUGUAAGGAUUAAUGCUUAUACAGCACUCAGAAGAUGUAAAGUGCUAUAUGUCUCAAAUAUUAAUGUACUGUAGUGAUAAAAAAUACUUCUAGGCAUCUGCAGAAGCAUGGAAUGUGUUACUGCCUUUUUGAUUUGCAUUAGGCUGAAAGCUAAUGAAACAUAUUUAUUCAUACUGUCAAACAGGAUAGGCUCAGCUACACUUGAACUCUGUGGAGGUUUUAGCUUAAAAGUCUGAACUCUAAUCUCAGUUUUGCAAAUGGAUUUUAGUUUAUCUAAAAGCCUCAACCAAAUUCUUAGAUGUGAAUUGUGCAUCCAGAUUUUGCAAUCCAGUCUCAACCCUAUCUGUUAGCUAGAAUGAGUCUAAUCCAGCCAAAACACAGUGCUCUUACAGACUGCAAUGGCUGUUGAAAAGACUGGAACAGAAAACGAAGUCACUCUGUUUAACGUUCAACCUGCAGAAGGUCAGCUAGGUUUCAGGAUACAACUUAAAAAGGGAUGUUUAAUACUGUGAUUCUAAGUUUACUGGCUUUAAUAUCAGCAGAGAGGGAAGGCCUUGAUAGAAUCAAUAAGGUCGACACAUCCUCCUUGAAUUAUUUCCUUUUAACCUGAAACAAAGUAGUAGCAGGUUCUAUAGUGAAGGAAGCACUUGUGCCAUCAAUCCGAGGGCCCAGAACAAAAAGACAUCUAAAAAUACAGCUCUAAACCAUCACCAUGUACUCAAUGACUAUAAAAAUGCCACAGUUCACUGGAUUCAGAUCUGGACUACAUCUAGAAAUGACUUGGUUCUGGUAGCACUAGUUGCUGUAUAACACAAAUGGAAGUGAGAUGUUACCCAGGAAUGUGAACUGUGUACAUGUGAAAUGGACCAUAAUUUUGAAGCAGCUGCAGUAAAAUCUUAUCUUAAUAUGAACUCAGAAGCAAACACAAUGCAAAUUUUCAUUGUUUCUUUACAGCAUAUGAUGGAUUUUAGUUUUCUUAGUUUGGAGGAAAUGUUCUUAAUGUUAUUUUAUUUUUGCUCUUAUUGUAAAAAAUAAAAAUAUAUGACUCUAGAUAGAUCACAAAUUAAAGAAGGUGGCCAGUUGGCAGGAAUGCCAAAAUUUCUGUGGCUUGUACUGUUUUUUUGUGGUGACACUAUGCUGCUGUAGGAUGAGCCACUGGAGUGGUAUGAGGCUCAAAAAGAAGGCUGAAGCAUAAGGCCCACUGCGGACUCCCACAGUCAAUCUCAUGUCAGAGGGAUGCAGGGACCAAGCUGCCAAGAUUGCAGUGGGAGCAACGACUGGUCCCACGUGGGGACAGACAACGUCAGGAAAUAGAAGAAAUCUUUUCCUGACAGCCAAAAAUCAAGAAAUCAAAUCCAGCCCAUUGCAUGAGAGCACCAAGUCAGUACAAGCACAUGGGCUUAGACAUCACUCUUGUAGGCUUCUGCUGGACCAAAUCUCAUUCCCAAUUCAGCAGGGACAUCUUGUUCCAGGCCUACUGCGUGGGCAGGGCCAGGCCAGCAGGAACUAUUAAAGAAGAAUACAUUUGAAAACAAAGGAACCAACCCAAUCAACCAAUAACAACAACAACAAAAACAACAACAAACAAACCAGAAACCAAAACAAGAACACAGAUGCCAUUGGGUAAGCAGUAGUUCUGCCUUGCUGAGACCACAGGAGUGACUGGUCUGUCCUGAAUACUAAGUCCAUGUCUUGUACAAUGUAAGCCUCUUACUCCGGCCCCUCUCCCUGUAUUCCAGACAGAGUGUGCUGAAAGAUGUGACCGAAGCAGCUGCUCUCCCCAAGGAGUCAGCAUUUUGCCAUGUGUGAAAGUCUCCAGCACUUACUUUCUUUACCAUGAUUGUAAAGGUCACCACAAGCAGUACAGCUACUUGAUCUGGGAUCUUUUCUUAACAUAUUUUUAUGCUGAUUUUACUGUUUUGAUUCUUUGUUUGGAAUGUAUUUUUUUUUUUCUCAUUUCUUCUGUGUGUAACAGCAAUUAAAAAUAUUAAUUUACUGGGUA